AUGUGUAUACUUCCGGGAAUCAGCCUGGUGGAUCAUUAUUAUGGGGAGGAGGCAGAGGAGCAUCGCCCCUUAUUUGACCAAAGAUAUCCAGUUGAUGAUGGAAUCAUCACCAACUUCACUGAUAUAGAGUGGAUUUGGGACUAUCUUUACGAAAAAAGGCUCAAAUCCCAGGCAAAAGACCACCCUCUUCUCCUUGCUGAGCCAAAUGCAAACUCAAAAGACAACAGAGAGAAAACGGUGACGUUGCUAUUUGAGCAGUACUACGUCCCUGCUCUCUACCUUUCCAUGCGAGGUGUCCUAGCUAUACACCCAUCUGGAAGCAGCACAGGAGUUGUGCUUGAUUCUGGCACGGCCUCGACUUAUGCGGUUCCCGUCUAUGAAGGGUUUGCACUACGCCGUGGUAUCCAACGACUGGAUAUUGGUGGGCAACAUUUGACGGACCAUUUCUUCGAAGGACUUGCGCGGGGCGGUAAUAAUCUGGGGACAAUAUCGGAGCGUAGGCUUGCCCGAAAAGUCAAGGAAGAGUACUGCUAUGUUGCGCAAGAUUUCAGAAGGGAAUUGCAGUUGGCUCAGGGGGGAACACUCACAGAAACAAGCUACAAAUUGGUAGACGGAAAGUCUAUUACUGUUGGAAGAGAGAGGUUCAUGACCCCCGAAGCUCUCUUCCAUCCUCAUCUUAUGGGGAUGAACAACGAGAUGGGGAUACAGCAUCUAACUUUAGGCGCUGUAUUGAAAUCCGAUACCUCACUCCAAGAUAGGCUGUAUGAGAACAUUGUUUUGGCUGGGGGAUCGACGUUGUUUCCAGGUAUUCAAGACCGAAUGCACACAGAAAUGACUGGUCUCGCCCCUUCAUCAUCCAAGGUUAACGUUGUUGCAUUACCGGAGAGAAACCACGCAUCGUGGAUAGGAGGAUCCAUGGUUGCAUCCUUAUCAACAUUCCAGAAGAUGUGUGUCCUGUAUGAGGAAUACGACGAGGUGGGACCUACGAUUGUACUUCGGCGAUUCUUCUAG